AUGCAUUUCGUCUUGAUGUCGAUAUUACAACGUCGGAAUCGGAGUCGAAUCAUUAGCCCGUCCGAACUUGUUGCGCUGUUGCUGCUGCCUGCUGGCCGACUGAUGUGGUGGUUCUACCGCAAGGGCCCCUCGGGCUUCGCCGGCGCCUCCACGGCCGAGGAGGUCACCGCCGGCAUCGACGGCCGCGGCUUGGUCGCCGUCAUCACUGGUGCGUCGAGAGGAAUCGGGCGGGAGACGGCGCGCGUGCUGGCGCUGCGGGGCGUGCGCGUCGUCAUGGCCGUCCGCGACGUCUCCGCGGGGGCCAGGGCCAAGGAGGCCAUCCAGGCCGAGAUCCGCGGCGGCGCGGAGGUGGACGUGCUGCAGCUGGACCUCAGCUCCAUGGCUUCCGUCGGGAGAUUCGCCGCGGAGUUCGCCUCCCUCAACCUGCCCCUCAACAUCCUCAUCAACAACGCCGGAGUCAUGGCGAGGGAUUGCAACCGUUCCUGCGACGGCCUGGAGCUGCACUUCGCCACGAACCACAUCGGGCAUUUCCUUCUGACAAACCUGCUGCUGGAGAACAUGAAGAGCGCGUGCCGGGACAGCGGCGUCCAAGGAAGGAUCGUUAACGUGUCAUCUUCGGGGCAUAUCAUGACCUACCCCCAAGGGAUAUGCUUCGACAAAGUACAUGAUCCUUCAGGGUUCAACAGCCUCAUUGCUUAUGGCCAGUCCAAGCUUGCAAACAUUCUCCACAUGAAUGAGCUGUCCCGGAUUCUCAAGGAUGAAGGGGUCAACAUUUCAGCUAACACGGUCCAUCCGGGCGUCAUCGUGACAAGCCUUUUCAGGAACAGGACCAUUGUGAGCGCUCUCAUGAACACAGUUGGGAGAAUCAUAAGUAGAAGCGUUGAACAGGGUGCUGCAACGACAUGUUAUGUGGCGAUGCACCCUCAAGUCCAGGGGAUAACUGGUAAAUACUUCGGCAAUUGUAAUAUUGCCAACCCAAGCUCGCAAGCUGUAGAUGCAGAAUUGGCCAAGAAGCUGUGGAACUUCAGCUUGCAGAUGUGCCGGUUUCAGAUUAAAUGAUUGUCCGGUAUACGCUCUCAUUUCUGCUACUUUUAUGUUCGACUGCUUAGACCAAGACGACAGAAGCACAAGACUUCAAAGUGUUGGUUGGUAUAUCAGAGUGCGGUUGUGUCGUGCCGCCGUGGUGCUUAUACGGUCACAGUAAGUAGUGAAGAUUAGAUCAUGAGAGUUAAUGUUUUGCUUAAACGUAGAUACUGUCUGUUGUAAUUAUCAAUUUCUGUUGGUAUUAUUUUUGGUAUAGAAGUCUUCACAAAAUUCGACGCCUUGAUUGAUCCUCUGCUAGCGUAGAACAAAUGUGAAAGUAGUUUUAAUCUCCAUGUAAGUAGUCAUGUCCAAUCCAUAUUUAAGAAUCUUUACAGUUCUCAUCAGUUUGUGCUCUUCCCUAAAUCUGCCUCAACUUCUUCACCGGUUGCACCAUUGGAAGUGUCAUGAGAAGCAAUUGCCCACUUCAAUGCGGGUCCACAACAGAACGAAGAAUGAAAGCCAUGCCUCGAGUAGAAAGAUCGAGAAGCAACCAGUCCACUGGAAGCAACAUACUUUGCUGGUGAACCAAAAGUGAAGAAGUUCUUUGUGUUAAAUACCUUCUUUGCAAGCCAUGGCCCCACAAUGGACGCUUCAAAUUACACCCUAGCACUCCAAUCCCACAAGCUCUGUAUAAUACUUUUCCCCAAGCGAUGGUGUAGUGGAUUUGGAAUUGUAACCAAGCAUCCUGGCUAUACCCGAUUCAACACUAGAGCAUGUAGCCGAUCUUGGAUAUUGCAAUUAUUUUAUCCAUUUUGUGAA